GAAGCACGAUAUAUGGCUCUAUACACGGCCGCUGGGAUGGUUCGAGCAGGACCUCCGUUCUGGGCAAGGGUUGUUUCUCGGUAGUCACAUUGGAGGAAUUGAUUGCGGCAUGCAGGAAAACUCCUGUACAAAAAAAUUGCUAAUGUUUUGCUUUUGGUGCGCAAAUAAUGGGAGGAGAGUAACAGGCGUGCUCGUUGGGACCGCCCCUCCUAUGGUGCUCUUAUUAUCUUUCUUUUCUCUCUGUCUGUUUAGUUUUUUGUUAAAACGUCAAUGGGAGUCGACGAUUCCUUUUAUAGGACGGUUGUUUUUUCGCGGUCGUUUUUUUUUAUUUUAUUUUUUUUUGCAUUGUUUCCUCCUGCAGCUGCUUUCGACGAGAAUCAACGCACAGUACCAUACCAAGUUCACCUCGCACAUGAUUAAGGACAUUACCUUUGGAAUUCUACGGUUUACUGUCCUUGAACGAACAUGGAAUAGUGUUUGUUGUAUGUAUGUAUUAUUUGACAUUUGAGAAAAGGAAUGAUGGACUGUGGUGCAUCAAGAGAUUUGCAAUCAUUGACUGAUGGAGAUACUUUGCCCAUGUGUCGUGAUAACUCGUU